AUGAGUUAUAUAGAUGAUUCUCUGCCUUCGUCCGUCGAUAAUAUUCAAGCGCCUUUACAACCUACCAGUGUCGCUAAACCGUCUCGCACGCUGCCUCCCGACAUUUGGAUUCGGGCCUUCCAAUUCCUACCUGUUCCUUCACUUGCUAAUGCUGCACUUGUGUCCAGACGCUUCAAAGUCCUAAUAUACGACGAUGAGAUUUGGGACGAUAAAUUGCGUACCAUGCUACGUUUUGAUACCGGUUACUUGGCGACUAUUUUAGAUGAAUCCAACGACAAGGGAUCCCUCAUCGACAAAGAGACAUCGUUUUAUAUCAACAACAAACCGCUGAAUGCGUUAAUACCCGGCAUGUCGACCGACCCUUACAAUGCCCGAUCGAGAGCCAAGUCCACAGGUCAUGCCCGAGAACAGUUCAAAGAAUUGUAUACCCGACUAUUGCCUUACUACCUUGAUCUUCGACAGCGACACAAGGAAUCAAAGAUCCUCAAAGACUACGGUUCCAAACCGGAAGAAUGUGGCAAGAUAUUGAACAUGUUGAGGGGAUUAGGCGCAUGUUGUAUUGUCGAGGAUUACAAGCAGAUCAACGAAGCGGUGGAAGCAUUGUGCCAAUAUUUCGAGAGCGCUUCAUUACACGAAUUCGAGCUGGCUUACGAUGUACAUAAUUUAUCGGAUAUGAAGACCUAUGCACAUGCACUUAUUGCGUUAAACGGUGGAUCCAUUUGCACUCAAACUUUUGUACAGAAGCAUCCCAUCUUUUUCGAUAACCCCUUCAAAGCGGACGCCAAUUUUGUCACAUCACCUUCGGAUUUAGAUCCUUUCGAAAGGUUUAUUUCUCUGAUUGCUGACGAGCUGAAACAACAAUCUUCUAUUAUUGCCCAAGUGUUUCCGGACACCGUCGACGUAUUUUACACAUUCACCGAUCGUGUUUUUGAGGAUGUGAUUGCAGAAUACGUCGCCCAAUUACUAGCUACGGCUCAUAACAACGAUACCCGUCUGUAUUUACAUACAAUGUCAAAAGUACUGGAUGCACUUCGCCGUCUAGUGGAAGAACUGACAAACGAAGAAAUGCCCACACCCAUUGACAAGGAACGAGGAGUCAAUCUACUAUUCAAAUUAUUCUUACCCUUCCUUGACGAUUAUCUGUACGAAGAGAAAUCUUAUGUAGAGGAAGAAUGCGCCGACAGUAUUGCUGCCUGGAGUAGUCGUUCGGGAAUACGACGAGAAGAUGCUACGCGAUUAAGCAAUCAGUCCCGUGAAACAUUUAAAAGAAAUUAUCUUUCAGCGUUCAAAAAGGUGAUCGCUCUUCCCGUCGAUCUUGUAUCAACCGCUGCCACCACUAUCGCUUCGCCGUUCCAGAGAGCUGGCACCCUACCCAGCAAAGGCGACGAUGCUGCUUCCAUCAAAUCCAAAGGCAAACCCAAGGGCGAAGAACUGAGAGAUGAAUUGGAAGAUGCGCAGCAGGAACUCAAUUUGAUGCAGGACCUGCUAAGCUUGGAAGUGUCUCUUCAUUUAAUUCACGUGAACAAGGAUUCCGAACGAAGGGUACAGCAAUUCAUCAGAAUUGGCUUUCCUGGACGAAUGAAGAGUGACAUCCAACGGACCUAUGAGCAGAUUUUUGUUCGUCUUUUAAAAUCUUUGAGCACAGAACACAUUCAGCCAGCGUUUACUCGAGCAUGCGGACGAUUGUCCACCUAUAAACCAAACACAGAAGCGCUGGGAGCAAACAACGACGAAGUUCCGCAAUUGACUGAGUUCUUUGAGUUGAUUCACGUGGCGGAUGUCAUUCAACAAAUGGUUCAGCUGUACUAUGAUGAAGAAAUUACGAAACAUAUUGACAAGAUGGAUUUUAUGAACGAUGUCAACAAGGAAAAGAAAACCUUUGAGCGUAUUCUGGAUGAUUCGGUUGCGCAUGGAAUGGACCGAGGUAUCCAGGUGCUCCUGGCUCAAGUGGAAGCGAUCCUUGUGGGCGAGCAGCGCCCCGAUGAUUACAAUCCGUCCGAUUUCGCCAUUGAUCUCAAGCCUACCAAGGCUUGCCAAGAUACCAUUCGAUGUUUGAAAACCAAUACCAGCAUGUUAAACGGAGCAGCCGAGAAAAGCACCAUGGAUUUAUUCUUUAGCGAAAUUGGUCGACGCUUCUUUGAGAUCCUGUGCAAGCACUUGAAGAAUCAAACUGUGAAUGAGCAAGGAGGUUUUCGAUAUAUUGCAGACAUGAAUGCGUAUUAUGAUUUUAUUGCUUCCUUGCGGCAAAAGGCAGUGACGCCCUACUUUCUAGCGUUGAAGGGUUUGGCCAACAUUUACAUCAUCUCUUCGGCACAGGAUAUCAAGAGUGUAAUCCAUGAUCUGGAACGAUACCAAGGCCUUUUCCGAAUAGAAGAUUUGUUCGAGUUUGCAUCUUGCCGCAGUGAUUGGUCCGCCAUUAAAAAGGUGGUGCAAAAGGAUAUGACCGAUUGCUGUAUCAUGUAG